AUGACGCAGCGACACGUCGAGAACCCCUCUGGAAAUCCAAAUUCUUUGCCUGUGGUCUUUGACCUGCGGGAGUUUGGACUAACAUCAAGCGAAAGAGAGACCAGUAAAAUGGGCAGAUGGAUCAUAUUGAGACAACGGAGUCCAAGCUCUAUCGAAGAUGGAAGACAAAUAGAGGGAGAGGAAAUCGAUUUAUCACCCUCCAACCCAACACCCACAGAAUUUGGCUUCCCAAUCUUCUCAAAAGAUUCUAAUUUUGAGCUCAACGAAAUGCAACUCAGCGUGAUAGAAAGAGAAGAGGAAGAAUUCAUAUCACUGGCGGUUGGUGAGAGUAGGACUUUCAAAGUAAAGUGGGCGCUGACUGAGGAGCAAGAAGAGGGAAUGGAGGUGGGCGAAAAAUAUAAGUUAUGUUAUAGAGGGGGAUGGAAUUUCUGGUGGGAUUUUGGGACGGUGGAAGAGAUGGAGCAACAAGAGGGCAGAAGAAAUACGUGGAGGAAUCAGAAGAGUAGCACACAGCGUUUGUGGAUUCCUUGUACAAACUUGGUAGAGUUUGAAGUAAUCGAGGAGGAAGAGGUUAUAGUUCAAGACAAAGACGAGUAG